CCCACACAGCUGAGGAGCCUGAGAUCUACUUGGAACCAGCAAAAAGUUACUUUCUUCCUUUAAACUAAAACCAGGAAGUGUUUUGUGGCACAGUAAUGGUGUCCCACCAUACAGCUUUAAGCAGCCUGUUUGCCGAUGAGCCUUUUCUGAGCCAGGAGGGGAUGCUUUGGCCACUGUGUGAUGAAGCCCUGUCCUCUCUGCAGCAGAACUUCUUUGGUCGGAGAGGAAAGCUGGCUGAAAGCCUCCUCAGAGAUGUCCAUGAUGGAUCACAGCUGCUCACACUCGCCCAGUUUCCUGUCAUUUCAUCCACACUGAAAAGACUAAACAAAGACAGAGAGAAGAGGACAGAGGUGGUCACCACAGAUCUAAACAAAAACACGGAACAGACCAGCGACAAAAACGAUCUUCUAGUGACCUUAGACGCCCGCGGUUACGCUCCGGCGGACAUCACAGUGAAACUAGAGGGGCGAAGUCUGGCGGUUGUGGCAAUGAAGCAGGCCGGAGCAGAGGAGAGCCAGUCCUGCUCCUCCUCCUCCUCCUCUGCUUCCUUCUCCUCCUCAGCGUCGUCCCAGAUGGGCUUCAUGCAGAGAAUAGAUUUUCCUGAUCACCUGGACCUGUCUGGGCUGUCCUGCUCGCUGAUGGAUGAAGGGCAGCUUCGGAUUCAUGCCCCUGUGGCCAAGCAGCCUAUCGGUGAGGAGAAGCAGGUGCCCAUCCGCUACAGGACCUCGCUGGAGUUUCCCAUUAAAAAUGGCAACACAGAUGAGGAACAUAGAGACUGAAGCUGCAGACAGUCUCUGCCUGAGACACAUGAAAACAUCUGCAGAAAGACUCUGUAACGAGUACAGUUUACAUUCAUUUCUUAAAAAGCUGAUUUUAAAUAUAUUUUGUAACAUUUUAAAGUCUUUAUAAUGAUACAAUCAAUAAAAAAGCCAAAGGGUUUCAUAAAAGAGUGCUUUGUUAAGAGCCGUGCCAGCCACAUGAUGGCACCAGUGUCCAAUCUGAAAGGAGAGAGGUGGAGGGAGACAGAGACCAUCCUAAUCACUAAAAUCACCUGUAGCUUCCCUCAAGUGACUGAAUUAGAACCUUUAAAAGGUUCCUGUGACAUUUGCUUUCAUGAAGAAACACUUGUUUGCCGAUCAGAGCCCGUCGCUGCAGAUUAAUGUUUGAUGAGUCCUGCCCUGAGGAGAAGGAGCUGAAGUCAUAAAACGAGGGAGAGGAGGAGAGCAGAUGGAGGACAGUAAACAGCAGCAUGUUUUAAAGGAUUAAUUGAGUUGAAUUCCCAAAAUAUAUCCAUGUUUUUGCCCUCCUCUAAUGGUGUUUGGUGAUGAAAAUCUUUUAGAUUUUAUUUUUUAAUAAUGCUUGUACCUCACAAGAGCUGAAGGGAAUGCUGUGGCCGUAAACAUACAGAUUAAAUGAAACGACAGGGAUUUAGCAGCUUUAGUAUCUGAUGUGCUGCAGUUCAUGAAAAAUGCUGUUUAAAAUGAAGAUGAUGUAAAAUCAUUUGCAUUUAGCAGCAGGCAUGUAAUGUGACAGACUUUAGCAACGGCAGAUAAUAAAC